GGAGAACCAGCAACAAGGAAGAAGGAGCAAGAACACAGCAAACAAGUCCAGGCAAAGGAAGGGGCACUGCAUAGGAUCAUGGGCAGAAAGAGAAAGCUGACAGAUUGCCUGCCAGUAGUAAAACAUGCUGAAGAGAGCAGAAGGAGAGCCGCAGAAAGAGCCAAGACCCUGGUAAAGGGGGAGGUAGAGCAGACACAGCCUGGGGGAGGCAAAGCCAAGAGGACCAGUCUGCAGAAAGAGAAGCAGGACCCAGGAGUUGCUCCAACCCCAAAACUAACCCCAUUGGAGAAGCUUGUCCAGUUUGACCUAAAUUGGAAUUUUGGACCUUGUACAGGUAUCUCAAGGAUGGAGCGCUGGCAGAGAGCACAGGAUUUGGGACUAAUGCCACCACAGGACAUAAAGCAGAUCCUCCUGGCGCACAGUGCAGAUCCUCAGUAUCAGCAG